AUUAGCUGAGAGCCUGGCACGCGUCUCGAGUGACGCGUAACUUUAUCCGUUCACAGCUGUUCGCGAUGGUCAAAUUUGCGAGUUCCUAUCGAAGUAUGCGUACUGCUUGCUCGGUCAACAAAAAUAAAAUCAUCUGAGAAGGCUGUAAUUUUCACCAUUUUUAAGACAUCAGGAGGUUCAUCGGAAAAUGGAAAAAGAUGUGGGCUACUCAAACCCAUCAAUGGAUCAGGAUGAUACAUUGUUCGAUUAUGAUGCCGGCUUAGAGGGCACAUUGCAAGAUAUAGCUGUGGAUCCCAAGAGGGAUGAACCUAUUGCUGCACCAGUAUUAGGUCUGGAUGAAAAGGUCACAAUCACUAAGCAGCGACGAUUUACAGUCAAGUUGGAUGAGAGCCGGUUACUGUCACACGCCGGAAUACCAAAACUCCGCUCUACAGCGAAGUCGAAACUGAAAUUCAAAGGCAAAGGGCAUGAGUUUUCGGAUGCCGCUCGACUCUUAAAUUUUUAUCAACUAUGGCUCGAUGAUUUGUUCCCUCGUGCGAAGUUCGCCGAUGGAUUGGCUAUGAUAGAGAAACUGGGUCACUCGAAACGCUUGCAGACGAUGCGAAGAGAAUGGAUAGACGAGGAAAAGCCGAGACUUUCCGCAGCUGACUCUGAAGAUGCGCAACAAGCGAAAUCUUCGAGCCCACAUACCCAUGACAAUAGUAUGCCUAUUGGGCAUCUUGAAAAAGCCAACGCUAUCAUAGGCCGAGGAGAUAACGUGGCACAGGCGCCCCCAACACAGGGCCUUGGAGAGCCAUCUUCACUUCUGCUAGGAGGCAUUCUACCACAGGAGGAUUUGUUUGUGUCUGAUGAUGAAAGUGUUCCAAGGGAAAUCAUAGAAGAAGGUGCUCUUGAAAAUAAUGAUGAUGAUGAUGAUGAUGAUGAUGAUGAUGAUGAUGAGCUGGAAGCACUUCUUCGGGAGCACGAGGAUGGUUUUAUUGGUAACAAUAAUCUGGCAGGAUCAGAUAUAAGGGCUUGACUCAGUAGGCCUAUAGGUAACCUGGGUCCUUUAAAUGACAUCGAUAUUUUGAGGAUUACAACUACUCAAUGCACUAAUACAUGAUUCAUACAGUGGGCG